AGCGGGUCUACUCUCUUCUGAUUCUUCUUUGUUUUUGUGUAGAUGCAAUAAGCUAUCUGAGAGUGGAAUCUUCAUUACUAAGAAAGCUGAACUCAUCUGGAUUUGUAACAGAGCAAACUAUCAAAUAUCUUUCAAGAUGGAGGAGAUGUCACCUGAUAACAUACAUGGACUCAUUUUAGCUGUAUCUUCCAGUAUAUUCAUCGGUUCAAGCUUCAUCAUCAAGAAAAAAGGUCUCAAGAAGGCUGGUGUCAGCGGACCCAGAGCAGGUGAAGGAGGGUAUGGAUACUUAUUGGAACCUUGGUGGUGGGCUGGGAUGAUAACUAUGAUUGUUGGGGAGAUAGCAAACUUUGCAGCUUAUGCAUUUGCACCUGCUAUUCUGGUGACACCUUUGGGGGCGCUAAGUAUUAUUUUCAGUGCAGUGCUUGCACAUUUUAUUUUGCAAGAGAAGUUGCAUAUGUUUGGUGUACUUGGCUGCGUCCUCUGUGUUGUUGGGUCCACAACGAUUGUCUUACAUGCUCCUCACGAGCAGGACAUUGAAUCAGUCAAGCAAGUAUGGUACCUUGCUACCGAACCAGGCUUCCUUGCGUACUCUGCUGUCGUGUUGGUUGUGGUACUUGCUCUGAUCUUCUACUACGAGCCGCGUUAUGGGAAGACGCAUAUGAUAGUAUAUGUUGGGAUUUGCUCAUUGAUGGGUUCUCUGACUGUUAUGUGUGUUAAAGCUGUGGCCAUCGCCAUAAAGCUGACUUUUUCCGGGAUGAACCAGUUCAAGUACUUCCAUGCAUGGAUCUUCAUCAUAGUAGUGACCAUAUGUUGCCUUUUGCAAAUCAACUACUUGAACAAGGCUCUAGAUAAUUUCAACACCGCAGUCAUAUCUCCAGUGUACUACGUUAUGUUUACAACAUUCACCAUCUUAGCUAGUAUGAUCAUGUUCAAGGACUGGGCUUCUCAGAGCGGAUUGCAAAUUGCUACCGAGCUAUGUGGCUUUGUGACCAUUUUAUCAGGAACCUUUCUUCUCCACAAGACAAAAGACAUGGGAAACAGUGGCAGCGUACGUGGUGCCACGUCCCAGUCCCCUAGAGAGACUCCUGUGUUCAUCAACUCAGGUUCCACUCGCAGUUCCGAUUCCAAUCUUUAGCCCUUUUGAUUUAACAAUCCUACGGCUAAGUUGGUAGAUCAUCUGAUGGCUUAGAACGAUGCAACAUAAGUAACAAACGGCCUCAAAGAGCGCUUUUUAAGGCGUGGUGGCUUUUUUAUUAAAGAAAAAAAAAAGAGCAAAUGGGUUUUAAAGGUAUACUCUGAUUUUGAGGAGGAGAAGGUUUAGAGAAUGAUUUGUUAGAGACACUAUUUGAUUGAUUGCUUAAUGUUCUUUUUAUUUAAUUUUGUUUCUCAUAUGACUAUAUGAAGUUAUUCAACACAAGAUUAAGGAUUACAGUUUUGCUUCUUCUUUUUUUUUGU